AUGAGCGAACCAUCGACACCCACAGAACAGCAACAACCGGGAUUCAAUGCUGUCUUGGGACCUGCCGUUUUGGAGAUAGACCAAGCUAUUCUGUCUGUACAAAAGAGUCAAGCAAAUCUAGGCAAAGAGAUUGAAAGAUUAGUAGCAGAAUUAGAGCUAUUCACGGAUAUCGCUGAACCACCAAAACUACAGCCAUGCUUGGAGAAACUCUUUGAUGCCAAGAAUCGAUUAUCAUCAACCAACAAAUUGCUAGCAAGAACAAAUGAAAGAGUGGAGAGAAUACAAUGUGAAUUAAAGCAAAUGCAGAAAUAA